AUGACCACAGCAUUCCCCACGAUAACAGCAAACGCCAUAGAGGAACGAGUCUUCAACAGGGCAGCAGCAGCAACAACAACAACAACAUCCUCAACAACAGCAUCAGACACAGACCAAUUCACCGAGACAUUCGCCAUCGACAUCGCACACAAGACAUGGAACAACACCAUAUCGAUAAGCAACACCAGCACAAGCAUCCAGCAAAACUACGCCAUAGAUACCGACGCCACCUAUUCCAUGUACGUGAUGGGCAACCCCACGCUAACAUUGACAAACGUGGACUUGGGCUUCGCAGUCACCGCGGUGCCAUACGCCAGUAAACCCACAUCGGUCUCGCUGGGAGCCUCGCAAGAAUGGUAUCGUGCUAGAUUCCAGCGUCACACUGCUGCUAAUAGCUCUCAAGGCUGGUAUCGUGAAGGGUAUCCUGAGAGAUUGGAUGGGACAUAUAGUAGAAAUGGUGGAGCUGGUUGUAUGAAUUGCGGUGGGCUGGUGGUUGAAAAAUGGGUCUUGCUUGCUUUGGUUUUGUUUCAUGCUUUCUUUGGAUAA